CUGUUUACUUUUAUAGUCUUGCCUGCUGAGCGAUUGUUUGAAUUUUCGUUAUCCUGUACUGCUAUUGCUUAUCAACUGAUUUGUUCUUGUUAUCUAGAUAAUUAUUAUCGUCCUUGUAAAUUCGUGAAAGAAUAAAUUUUUAAAAAAUAAUCCAUUUUACUCCUAAAAAUGAAAAUAAAUCCAAAAGACUGGACGAUAGAAUAUUUUCUUUCAAACGAAAGUGAAUGUGAAAAAAUUUUAGAAAACAUCGAUACUUUGUUUGAAAUUCCUUCACUAAAUAAUGGAUCUUUGGAUAAUUUCAAAAAUGGUCAACUUGUCAGAUUUCAAGGAAUGAUUCAAGAUAUGCGUAAUCCGGAGUUUUUUUUCAAAAAAUACAAAAUUACCAAUAAGAAAACUGGUGAAAAUACCACUAAAAGUGGUAUGUAUAGUGAUGAAGCAAAAUGUGAGAUGAAUGAAAAUAUUUUAUUUGAUGAUGAAAGUAAUGAAAAUGCUGAAAGACAAACUUGGAUAGUUGUUUCCAUUCCUGGAUUAAAUGAUUGGGCUAAGGAUAAGCAUACAUACAGUUCCAGCCAAGUUAUCGAUGAACCAAUGGCAAUAAGUAAGUCAAUUAAGAGACCUUUAGAAGAAGCUUUUGAAUCAAUGGAUUGCUCUGAUUCUGUUAAAAAAAAAGAAAAAAAACAUGAAAAUACUGAAGGAGCUGGUCCAUCUCAUUCUACAGAAAUUGAUAUAAAAAAUGAAACUGCAAAACUUGUUUCGAAAGAUCAUCUAUUAAAUAUGCCGAUUCCAAGUAAAGAUGGAAAAGCUUGCAUUGUAAAAGUGUACAAUGAUUCUUCAUAUAAACUUAAUCAAGUAAUUCAUAUUGUUGGUUUUUUAUCUUUGGAUCCGGAUCUGAGUAGCGUUAAUGAUGAUGAAGGAAUGUUAGAUAUAGAAAGACAAACAUUACAUCCACCAGCAACAAUUGUUCCACGAUUACAUGCUAUUAAAAUAGUUGAUGAAAUUAAUAAAUUUAUUGUUAAUCCUGUACAUAUACUCCCAAAAGCAGAAAAAAUUAGAGGGGACUUGAAAAUAUUGCUUAGUCCAUUGCUCUUUGGUGAUGAAGUUGCUGCUGAUUAUCUUAUUUGUCAUUUGAUUUCCUCAGUAUAUGUAAGAAAAGAGUGCAUGUGCCUUGGAACUUACCCAAUAAAUAUAUCUCACUUUCCUGAACAAUUCAUGAACUUCAAACAAGAUUUUUAUGAUAUUUUAAAAGAAAUACUUAUAAAAAGUCAUUUAUUUGAGAUAACUUUAGAAAGUCUCAAUGAUACGAGUCUGAUACCAAAGAAAGAUUAUGAUUGUAACAGAUUAACCAGUGGUUUGCUGCAACUCAGUAAAAAUACACAUUUGAUUCUAGAUGAAACUAAUUUAACAACUGGAGAAAUCACAGCUACUGGGAGACAGAAUUACAAUGCCAUAAAUGAAAUCAUGCAGUUUCAAAGACUGGCAUAUGAUUUUAAAUUUUACAAUAUGGAAUAUGACACAGAUAUACCGAUUUUAAUUUUAUCUGAUGUGAAAUCAUUUAUUCCUUGUCACAUACAAAUCAAAUUGCAACCUGAUCCAGAUACAGUUAAAUGUUAUCCUCAAGUCCUUGAAGCAGCAAAGCAAUAUUUGAAAGAUGAAAACAAAUUAAGUGAUAUAAGGCAGUAUGUUAAUUCUUUGAAAAAUGUUCAAUUUGAAUUUUCAGAAGACACAGUGAAGCUUAUUCAAGAAGAUUUUGUUGAAAUGAGACAAGCCAAUAAAAAUAUUUCUGCAAAUGAUUUGAAUUGGCUAAUGGUACUCUCUAGAUUAAUGUCUAUUUCUCAUGGCCAUAAUGCACUGAAACCCGAAUUGUGGAAGAGGAGUAAACAAAUGGAAAAAGAAAGAUUGAGUCGGCUGUCAAAACAUCCAUAGGACAUUAUUACAUAUAUUUUGUAAACUUAAGUAUUAGUUUUGUAUUGUAUUUUUGAUACCUUGAACUUAAUGAAAACAACAAUCCUAA